GCCUGGUGUUGAAUCGUUUACUCGCUCCACAUACUCGAACAGGUCAAGGACGGAGUGUGGAGAGUCGUUCGGGGUCAAGUGUGGCGAGGACCAGGUCAUGUAUAAGAGGAGUGCUAUACUGUUUCAAAGCUUUCCUUUUGAGCAUAUCUUCUGUCCCUAGUCUAUCAUUUCCACUUCACUCGUUAUCACGAUGCGUUCCGUCCUCCUCGCGUCGCUGGCUUCGCUGUCAGCCAUCAGCGUCUAUGGCCACCCUCAACCCACAUGGCAAGGCCGAAGCACACUUGCUCGUCGUGCUGUCGACCUGGACUCAUACCGCCUGAAGCACGCUGCCUCGUACAAGAACACGGCCGACGUUGUGGCUGAUCCUAACAUCAACACACUUGCGAAGCGUGCUAGUGCCGAGGACAUUGCCACCGACCUGGUCAAGGCUACGCUCCCCGAUGCUGAGUUUCGUCUUGUCAAAGACUCCUAUGUCGGCGAUAACGGAGUAGCUCACUUCUACUUCAAACAGACCGCCAACGGUCUUGACAUCGAUACAGCUGACUUUAACGUCAAUGUUGGUCGUGACGGCAAUGUCUUUUCUUUCGGAAACUCAUUCUACAAGGGUGCCAUCCCAGCACCGCCUAGUUUGAGCAAAAGGGAUGGUGCCGCGCCUGCCAAUGCCCUCAAGUCAGCUGUCAAUGUCCUUGGCCUGCCAAUUUCCGCUGAGUCAGCUAUUGCUGAGGCGAAGGAAGCUGCCGAGACUUAUGCUAUCAAGCAAACCACUGGAUGUGUCAGUGAGCCUGAAGCACGUCUCGUCUACCUUGUCGAUGAGGAGGGAAAGCUCGCUCUUACCUGGAGAAUCGAGACUGAUGUCAUGAGCAACUGGCUUCUGACAUACGUCGACGCGGAAGAUGGCGAGAAGGUACAUGCCGUUGUCGAUUACUCUGCGGACGCUACCUACAACGUCUACCCCUGGGGUAUCAACGAUCCGUUUGAGGGAGACCGUCAGCUAACGGAAGAUGACUUUUCUCCCAAGGCUAGUGAAUUCGGAUACCACAGCGAUGGCACUACGUCGUUCAAGACAACUCGUGGCAACAACGGUAUUGCCCAUACCAACUGGGAGAACGUGAACAGCGGUUUUCUCAACCUUCCCCGUCCUGUCAGCGAGUCUCUGACCUUUGACUACCCCUUCUCGCUUAACGACACCAACUGGAAGGGUUAUGCCAACGCCUCUGUCACCCAACUCUUCUACACCGCCAACAAGUACCAUGAUGUUUUGCACACACUAGGUUUCAACGAGAAGGCUGGAAACUUUGAGAUCAACAACAACGGCGCGGGUGGUGCUGGCCAAGAUUUUGUCUACCUCAACUCUCAGGAUGGCUCAGGCCUGAACAACGCCAACUUCGCUACACCCCCCGAUGGUCAGCCAGCACGCAUGCGCAUGUACAUCUGGAACAGCACGACUCCUUACCGCGACAGCUGUUUCGACGCCGGUGUUGUUAUUCACGAAUACACGCACGGCCUCUCCAACCGUCUAACUGGUGGACCCGCAAACGCAGGAUGUCUGUCUCUCCUGGAAUCUGGUGGUAUGGGAGAAGGCUGGAGCGAUUUCUACGCAACAGCUAUUCGUCUCAAGCCUGGUGACACUCGCGCCACCGACUACCCAAUGGGAGACUGGAUCAGUGGCCGUCCACUUGGAAUCAGGAACUACCUGUACUCCACAGAUCUGAACCAAAACCCUCAGGUAUACUCCGACGCAGACUCGUACGAGAAGGUCCACCCCAUCGGUAACAUUUGGGCGUCUAUGUUGUACGAGGUCCUCUGGAACCUCAUUGAUAAGCAUGGCAAGAACGACGACUGGCUACCUACCUUUGACGACAACGGUGUGCCGACUGAUGGCAAGUACCUCGCUAUGAAAGUCGUCAUGGACGGCAUGGCACUUCAGCCUUGCAACCCUACUUUCGUUUCUGCUCGCGAUGCCAUUGUGGAUGCGGACAAAGCGCUUACGGGCGGCAACAACCUUUGCGAGAUCUGGAGUGGAUUUGCCAAGAGAGGUCUGGGCGAGGGUGCGGUAUAUGCGCCCACAGGAAGGACGAACAGCUUCGACAUUCCUGAGGGUGUCUGCGGCACUGGAAACUCAACUACUAAGCUGCACAAGAGGCGCGUUCAGCCUGUCGACCUGAAGUACUAGACGUCGGGAUUGCCUUUUUUUGACACGUGGAUGGUGUUGAUUUUACUAUCAAGAGUGAUGAUGUCUGCGUGGCAGAGAGCAUUGAGCGGAGUUUUGCAUGUGGCGAGAUCUUGACGAUGAUGAUACCUGCAUUGGGUGGCGUUCAUAGGCACAAUGUGCUUCUUUUCUUAAUGAUUAAUCAAGUUCUUCUAUCGACGCCUCAAUCUCCUUUUCGCUCCGUCUCUUUCCAGGAGUUGCAGCCAAUAAUCAACGUGAUUAACGUCCACACCUGCGCCAUCGGUUCCUCAGCUCCAUUCAGCCCCAAUGCAGCAUACCACAUCCUCGGUAUCCGAACUCAAGCGCUAAGCCAGGCUAGCACAGCGCUGUAGAUCCGUCAUUGUGUCAGGCAAAACCGGUAAAGAGUGUAUGAACUAGCAUAUCAUCGGGAACCGUGCAUAUCGGACC